CUUCUCUUUCACUUCAAUCGGUCUCAAUUCAUGGAAAACCUAACAAAACAAUCAUCUCAAUCACCAACUCUGCAUCUUCCGGCGACAGAAUAAGCACCCGGCGAAGAACUAUGUCGGCAUUUGAAGCUCGAAUCUCUCUCAUCUUCGCUCUCACUUCUCAAUCCACCUCUCUCUCCCAGCGACUUGUUGCCGAUUUGGCUAACGAGACGGCUAAAUACUUGUUUCCGAAAAGAUUUGAAAGCCGCACUCUCGAAGAAGCGUUGAUGACAGUUCCUGAUCUUGAGACUAUCAAGUUCAAAGUUCUGAGUAGAAGGGACCGGUAUGAGAUUAGGGAAAUUGAGCCUUACUUUGUAGCAGAGGCUACAAUGCCUGGGAAGAAUGGGUUUGAUUUCAGCGGUGCUUCUCAGUCAUUUAAUGUUCUUGCUGAAUACCUUUUUGGUAAGAAUACAACGAAGGAAAAAAUGGAAAUGACUACACCUGUUUUUACCAGUAAGAAUCAAUCCGACGGGGUUAAAAUGGAUAUGACAACUCCUGUGUUAACAACAAAGACGGCAGAUCAAGAUAAAUGGAAAAUGUCUUUUGUCAUGCCUUCAAAGUACGGUUCUAAAUUGCCACUGCCUAAAGAUUCCUCUGUGACAAUCAAAGAAGUGGCUAGAAAAAUAGUUGCUGUAGUUUCCUUUUCAGGUUUUGUGAAUGAUGAAGAAGUUAAGCGGCGUGAACUGAAACUGAGAGAAGCUUUGAAAAAUGACGGAGAAUUCAAAAUUAAAGAGGGAACUUCAAUAGAAAUUGCACAGUACAAUCCCCCAUUUGCUCUUCCAUUUCAACGCCGUAACGAGGUUGCAUUGGAAGUGGAGUGGAAAAAUCAGUAGGGACAGUAUUUGCCAAUAUACAGUCUCAAGGUACUUUUGAAGUUUCAUCAAUUUCACUAUAAGCUGCAAAAGAUACCUGUUCUUUAUCAUGAAUCAGACUCCAAUGCAACUAUACAAGAUAUUUCAUACUCAUUAUUGAUGCUUGUCUUUUUAUUUUUUGUAAAUAGGUCAUGUGCUCAAUAUUGAUGUCCGUCUAUUUUGUAAAUAGGUCUUGUACUCAAUAUUGAUGUUUGAUAUAUGUAUGUAGACAUACGUGUUUGUAUGUGUAAUCAGUUUGGCUAUAAUGUGCAUCGCAAAAAUGUGGCGUUAUAUGGAAAUUACAUUCUUUUCGCCAAAGAAUGUACCAAUGUAUAGCUGAAUCUGAAAAGAAAAAGAGUAAGAGAAAUUAUACAGUA